AUGACAUCUGUUCGAGUCGCCAUCGUCGGCGCCACUGGAGAAACCGGAUCUUCAAUCGUGGACGGGCUACUUGAGUCGCCGACUACUAAAUUCGAGGUCACUGCCCUCGCUCGGCCUGAGUCUCUUGAGAAGCCAGCUUAUACAGAGCUUAAGAAUCGUGGAGUCAAGGUGGUCUCAGCCGACCUGAAGGGUUCUCAAGAUGCACUCGUUAGCCUUCUCUCUGGUAUCGAUGUGGUGAUCUCCGCGAUAUUCUUUGGUAGUCUCGAGGAUGAGAUCCCUCUUGCCGACGCUGCGAAACGUGCGGGUGUCAAGCGGUUCCUCCAGUCUGCCUUCAUGGUCAAGGAAGACAUUCUUAACUACAUCCAGAAGAUUCGCCUCCCGUACACAUAUAUCGAUGCUGGCUGGUGGUAUCAGCUUACCUUGCCUCGACUACCAUCAGGCCGCCUGGACCACGCGCUGCCCUCGUACCCUUCAGAGCCGCGACUUGGUGUGGACGGGAAUGUUCCGAGUGCACUGGCCGAUAUCCGGGACGUUGGGAGAUACGUUGCCCGGGUAAUUGCAGACCCACGCACGUUGAACAAGAGGGUCCAUGUUUACAAUGAAGUCCUUACCAGAAACCAGGUUUAUGAUACAGUGGAGAAGCUAAGCGGCGAGAAGCUAGAGCGUAAUUACGUUUGUCUCCCCAUUCUUCCUUACCACCGCCCGUUUUUGUUGAUCACCGAGGCGGAGGUUACAUCUCGCAUCAAGGAAGCUCAAUCGGGUCUUGUAGCUGAUCCGUCGAGCCUGGACGCUUUGAGUCGUCUCUCUACUAGCCAGCUUCUACUUUCUUGGGCCAUCCGUGGAGAUAACACACCUGAAUAUGCCAAAUACUUGGGGUACCUCGACGGCAAGGAACUGUAUCCGGAUUUUAAAUUUACCAAAUUUGAAGAUUACGUCAAGGCCGCACUUGAAGGAACGGCCAAAGGGGUUUAUCAAAAGGGGAAGUGA